UCCAUGGAUUGGCUUCUUAAUUAAAGAAGAUCUUGGAUACAUUAACAACUAGUACUAGCUGCUGAUGCACUUGAUUGAAAAGUGGCUCCAUUGGCUGCUUAAUUUCUGCAUAUGCAUGAUUGACACCAUUAUACCAUAAUAAGGCUGUCAUAAUUCUAAGGAUCAUCUCAAGUUUCAGUACUAGUAGAAACUUGAACCUGAGCAUACAGCUUCAUGCCAGCUAGACUCAUGUUUUCACAGUAAUCAUCCAGGUAGGUAAUUCCUUGGUAAGUACUACCGGUCAUUAGAUUCCACCUGUGGUCUAAAACUAAAUGAAUACGCCAGCCAGAACCACCAGCAUGACUUUCAGGAUUUCCCAAGUUAAGCCGCUAGCCAACUGAACCAUAUUUUGAAUGGUUAUUUUUUGACAGUAAACCGUAGGGGAGGCCCCCAAAAGUGUAUAAUUUUUGCAAAGGGUAACUAUGGCCAGAUUGUCAUAAAGAAUUAAGCAAAUGCUGACGUUUUGUCUGCAUCUUCAUCAGCCAUUCAGCCCACAAGAAUGGCAGGCUGCUCAAAGAUUGUAACAAAAUUCUAAACUUAGAAUAGAAGAGUAAAUUUGUAAUGGCGAAAACACACAGUGCGCAUUCAACACAUACAACAUUAAGUAUAUACAAAUUUGGGAAAUAGCCUCCAGAUUUGUACUUAGGUAUGGAUCAGAACCGCCAAACCUAAUCGUAGUCUAUGCAGCACCUUGCCUCCUUCAUGAUCAACAAAAGAAUCUGCAUAUGUACAGGAUCUGCAUAUGUAUCAUCACUAGUGAUACAAAGGUGUUUUGUAUUAUGAGAGUCCAGGAAGAUUAAGAUUGGCCCCCCUUGUCAUAGCUUUUUGUUCUUGUUGUUGUUGCUUAAUUCCUCUUCAAUUUAUGUUCUUACUUCUUUUAUUUUUCAGAAAUCCUGAAACCAUUCUGCAAGUGUGUAAACUAGAUUUCUACCAAUCUUCUUAAAUCAUUCUCAUUUCCUAAAUCUCCUUGAAAAGAUGCUAUGGUCUCAGAAAGCGCUUGACGAACGGCUCUAACGAUAAAAUCCUGCACACAAAUAAAGCGAAGCAAUUAAAACACGGCAGCUAGCUAAUAGUAUGCAUGUCAGACCGAAUAAUUCAAUGCUCUUAAAAAUCGUUAUAUAAUGAGAAAUAUAUCCAUUUUCUAGCAUUAUUAGUAAGAAAUUGCAAUAAAUAUUAGGAUGUAAUAACUAGAAUACUCAUCGAUAUUUACCUGGGUAUGAUCUGAGGAAUGCUGCCUUUUAGUAUGGCAACUCCUGGUGGGAAUUGCAUCAGCAAAAGAAGAUUUAUCUCUGUCUAGAUUCAGGUUCUCCCACCCCCUGCAUUCCUUCCUUAAGUUAAGAAUUGUAAGAAGAAAUUGCACAAUUUCAUACUCCUCUAACAAGGAAUCCUUAAUUGCUCCUGAAAUAGAGGUGCAUGCAUCGGAUAAUAAUAUAUAAUGACAAGUGAAACCCUAAACUUCGUAGGAGUCUUUACCUGUCAAAACUAGCCUGGGACAAGAUUCGUCAUACCAAAUAUAGGAUAUAGAACACCAGGAGUGUCUAACACAUAUAUAUUUGGAUGACUAGCAACCUGAAAACUAGAAACUUCCUGCUGUUAAGAUUUAGGGGCUGUUUGGUUCUAGGACUAGCAUUGCCACACCUUGCCGCACAUUUUUGCCAAGCUUGCCUAAGGUUAGUUCAUCAAAAUGAGAGCCACAAGUUGGCAAGCCUAAGGGAAUCUUGCCACACUUUUUGUGUGUAUGCCAUGUGGGGUCCAAGUGUGGCUUGCCUAAGGUGUGGCAUGAACCAAACACUCACCUAAGUUGGUCAAACUUGCCUAACCUUAGUUGUGGCAAUCUUUGGCUAAGUUAGUCACAAACCAAACAGCCCCUAAAUGACACAUUACAAUCAUAUAAAUAGUUCCCGAGCCAUGGGAUAUUGAUGGUAGCAGACACAGGAAGGUUAUAGGUCACCAAUCUUAUCUGUGCUAGUAGGCUAAAAAGGACAAACUACGCUCGCCAAAGAUACUAGCAAUAAACUUACUUUUUGCUUAAUUCUUGAAGCAUAACUGACAAAUGAUAAUGUUAGCUUCUCAAUUAACCAUGGAUUGUGAGUCGCGCGACUAGUCGUCGACUAGUCGAUGAGUCGCAAAAAAAUGUUGACUCAACUUAGUGUCGACUCAUGAAUUGUUUUGCGGAAAACAUGACUGCAGGCUCGACCUUUUCAGAGUCGCUACCCCAGAACGACUCAUCCGAGUCGCGACUCGAAAACCAUGCAAUUAACCCAUUGCCUCAUGUUUUCCGCAAAACAAAACAAAAAACUAUUGCCUUAUUAUGUUAUUAGGUAGUUCUGCAGUAAUAUACAAAUAAAUUUGACAUAUGCAGUUGACCCAACAAACAACACUAACAUGGAGUUUGUGUAAAUUCAACCGUAAUACAACAUAUGAGACUUAGGUUUAUGUGACUGUGUGAGCCAUGAGGCGUCUGGCCUCGGGCUCUUGCACGCCCUUGUACUUUUUGCCUCUCACGCUUCAUGUUGUGUGCUGAUUAAGGCCCUAAUUGGAAUAAAUAAAUUUGUAGAAAUUUUGUAGGAUUGAAUUUAUAUAGGGAAAAUUCCAACAGUUCAGUUUGGAACGAAGAAAUGGCUCCCCAAGAUUUAUGUGAUGGAAUGAGGAGCAACCCAUAUGAAUUCUGAAGGAAAAAAACAUGUGGUUUUAUCUCGUUUUUUUUCCUUAUGUCUAGAAUUUCCACAUUUAUCCUGUGCAGUAUCCAAACGAAAGUUUUGGAGUACUACUUUGUAUUUGAUUGGAUUCAUGUAAGGUCUUUUUUUUUCCGAAAAGGAUCCAGAUAAAUUCAUGCUACAUGACAUCUCUAUUUCUUCAGUUUUUCUUUUCUUGCGUUUUUUAGUUCACACGUUCCAAUCAGGACAUAACUUUAAGUGAAAUGGUAGCAAUAAUACAUGGCGAGUUAAAGACAUGACUACUUUGGAAGCGAUGAAGUAUGAAAAAUUGCGGAAAUAGGAGAUAAUGUGUGGUACACAACUGGGGUUGAUCGUUGAUUGGAAUCCCCCAAAAGCAGUUGCUGAAGUUCAAAGUAGGCAAUGGAUCUGGACACAGAGAAUCGUCUAGCUUCAUUACUCCUUGAAGAAGCACGGAGAUUACAGUCAGAGGCUGACAGGGAAGGUGUUCAUGCAUAUCUGCAAAAGCCCAAUGUUAGGCAUCGCCCAAACUCCCGGUUCCUCACAGCCACAGUUCGUGGAGUUCAACAAGCAAACCGUGUUGUGGAGGUUGAUGAAAUGUGGCGUGCCAGGGAGAAGGAACUUGAACUUGAGUCUAAGCUGAAAAGAAGAAAUAAAGAGCGUGGUGACUCUAGAGGGGAGAAACGCAAAGGUGACUCGAGAAAUAUGAGUUCCAGCUCAAAGAUUGAAGAAGGAACUGCUUAUAAUAGUUCUUACUCAGACCAGGAUGAUGGUCUAGGGGAUGAUGAAGUUGAAAAGUUUCUGCAUUCAAGGGUAAAGCGAGGAAGAGGUGCUGUUGGCUCUAGGAUGGAUGAACCUGGUCCAUACCUAAAGGCUUCAUCGCAUUGUCGAGACAAAGAACCUAGCCCGGAUAUACGUUUGGAAGAAAAAUGGGAACGCCGAGUGCAAGGUCCGGAGAGGCCACUGUUUUUGAGAUCCAAGUCUCUUGAUGAUUGUUGGCAUGGGGAAACAUUGGAUGAUAAUAAGCCAUCUAGCUCUUCUGAAGCACACAGGAAGAAGGAAAAUAAAAAGGAGAGGAGAUCGGAGAAAAAAGAGAGAAAAGACAAGAAGAAGGCCAAGCAUCGCCACCGCCACCACCAUCACAAAAGCCGAAGAAGGGAGUGAUGUGCCCCAUUACUGAACUACAAUUUGUACACAAGAAAGAAAGGGUUCUGUUACUGAAAGAUGCUGCUACAUGCUGCUAUUACUUGUUCGUUGGGAACCUGUGUUGUAACUAAAACUCCGCCAGCGCGCACAAGGGGAUGCGGUUGGCACUGUGCCCCGUGUUUAAACAUGUUAUGUGUUGCUCGAGUUGAA